AAGUGGCAUUAGUAAUUAUCCAAAGAAUGGCUCAGAUAUUAAAAAGGCGAAGGAAAAGUGAAAACAAAAAAUAGACAAAAAGAUAAUUGAAAGAGCUGGAAAGUAAGCUUCAUUUCAGAUCGAUCAUUACUGUUCUUCAUAUUCGAUCGACCACAAGCUUAUAUCACCAUCUACUGUUCUUCUUCGACGGCAAGUUCGGAUGGUUUGAGGAGAGCAAUCCAUAGCCACAUAGAUUGGGGUGAGGGAAAACAAAAUUCAAGCUAUGGUUCAACCCAUUGAAGAAUUAUUCAGCUUGAGGACUGAGAAUCUGAGCUGUGAUGACAGAUGCAGAUGGGAGAAACUCCUCAAAAAAAUCCGGAGGAAAGAGAUCUUGAAAUUAUUCAACAGAUGUGAGGCAAGUACCAUCCACCUAUAAUUUCUAAAGUGUUUGCUUAAAUUUCUACUCUCUAAUUUAAUUUUCUUAGCUUAUUGAACCCAUCGGAGUUAAUAUCACUGCUAAAGAGAAACAAAAUUGGGAGAUAUGAAUCAAAGAGACUGCACAGGUAAUUUUUCAUAUUGAAUUUGAAAAAUUUCUUAUCACAUUUCGUGUUACAAGUGUCAAUUUGACAAAUCUUCAAAGCUAAAUUAAUUUAUAUUAAUUUAAUUUUUAAUUUAAAAUUUAGAAGUUAGAAAAUAAUAAGAAAAAUAUUAUAAGAUGCAAUAUAUUUAUUUUUCUAUUAAUAUGAUGAAAAAAUAUAUCUUAAAAUGUCAAUUAAAAGUCAAUUCAAUUUUUAGUGCCAUUUUAAGUAAUUAUUCCAUUACUUAAUUUUAGUGAUUGAUUCACCUAUAUUUUAUUAACGUAAUUAUCAGCUGGAGGUGUUUUUUCCAUUUAGUAAAAAUAAAUCUUUUAAGAAUUUGGGUAAAAUUAAGAAGAAAAAAAACGUGUCUUAUUUUCCCGUAUCCCCAUUAUUCCCUCCAUUAUUUUCCCCCAAAUUUUUCACAAUAGAAUUUAGGUUUAAUACUAGUCUGAGGAAACCGUUCAUUCUCAUAUUCCUCUCUGAACUACUGCUGCAGCUUCCAAGGUAACCCUACAUUCUCUUUUGAACUCCGGUAAGUUCACAUACUGUUUAAUUAAUCGUUUUUUUUAUUAGUUAUUGUUUUUUCCCUUCAAUCUAAUAUUGAUUUUUUUUUAGAUUUCUCAAUAGUUGUUCUUGUUUUAUUGUAUCUAGUUGUCCUUUUUUUCUUUUUAUUUGUCUCAUUUGUAACCUUGUGCUGUGCUUUACUAUGUGUUUGUGUGGUACCGCGUGUCUUGAGCCGGGGUCUAUCGGAAACAGCCUUUCUACUUCUUCAGAGGUAGAGGUAUGGACUGCGUACAUCCUACCCCAGACCCCACCAGGUGGGAAUACACUGGGUUUGUUGUUGUUGUAUUUGUCUCAUUUGUAAAAGUUGCUUUUUUUUUUUGUAAAAUUUUUUAUGACUUUUUUAUAUCAAUGUUGUGUGGUCCCUUGUUUUUUUAUGACAAUGACUCAUAUAUAAUUUAAUGAGUUUAAUACAACUUGAUGUGAACAUUAAUCCCUGACCUAUUUUUUUUCUAAAUUAAAUAUAGAUAUGGAUGUGCUAAGUUCAAAUUAUUUGUUUUUGCUAAGUAAACACAGAAGUUGAAAGAUGUAUUUUUUGUGCUAAGUUGCAACAUGUCCUAAUUAUUCAACUUUUACUCCUUGCUAUUUGUACAUGUAGAUGGAAAAUGAACAUCAUAAAUGGAUGUAUGAUAGAAACUUUCCUGAUCGACGGGGGUUGCGGUAUGAAUUUGAACAAGGUGUUAAGGAAUUUCUUAAACAAGCCAAUUUAUGUUGUCAAUCAGAGGGGACAAUUAGGUGUCCUUGUGAGGAUUGUAAAUGUAAAAAGUGGUUAAGACCUGAAGAUGUUAAGACUGAUCUUUAUAGUAAGGGUUUUAUGGUGGAUUAUUAUGUUUGGACUAGCCAUGGAGAAAUUGAGGGUAUUGUUGGUAAUAGUCACAAUCAUAAUUUUGUUGUUGGUGAAAAUAGUUGAGAUUCUAGGUUACAAGAAAUGGUUAUGGAUGCUUUUGGGAUGGACAAUGAGGGUGAAAACCAACAUGUUAAUCAACAUUCGGGUAACUUUGUGUAAGUUGGAAAAAGUUUUUCCAUGUGGUUUUUUGGAUGUGAUGGAACAUCUUUCAAUCCAUCUUGUAGAUGAGGCACUACUUGGAGGUCCUGUUCAAUGUCGAUGGAUGUACCCUUGGGAAAGGAAAAUUGGCAAGUGUAAACGGUCUGUGAAACAAAACAAUAGAUUUGAGGGAUCUAUAUGUAAGGCCUAUCUUGUUGCGGAAACCUCUCACUUUUGUUCUUAUUAUUUUGAAAAACACGUACCGUGUUUGAGACAUAGGACAAUUCGACAUAGUGAAGGUAAGAAUGAUCCUUUGGCCCCACCAUUAUCCAUAUUCAAUCAACCAGGUAAGGGUUCUAAAACCACCAUGAGAAGAUUCUUGACUGAUAUGGAGAGAAAGUCAGCCACGACACAUGUAUUAUUGAAUUGUCCGAAAGUUCAAUCAUAUUAUAAUUUGUUCUUGAGUUUGUAUGGAUAUGAUGCUGUUUAUUCUCAUUUUAGCGAGUGGUUCAAAUCUUCUGUUAAUGAUCCAAAUAAUAACAUGACCAACCAAUUUUUUAAAGAUAUAGCUUGGGGGGCCAGGCCCAUUGGUUAAAACGAUGAAUAAGUACAAUGUCAAUGGACAUAAGUUCUGCACAGAAGAAAGCUCCAAGUAUUAUAAAAGCAAUAACAUUGGGGUUUGGGUUAAAGGAGACACUAGCAAUAAGGAUGGAGAUGUUGAUUAUUAUGGUGUGCUCCAAGAGAUUUUAGAAUUAGAUUUUCCUGGGUGGCCACACAAAAAGUUGAUACUUUUUCGAUGUAAGUGGUUUGACCCAACACCAAAAAUUGGUACAAGGGUGGACCCACAUUACAAAAUUGUUGAAGUUAAGCAUACAAGGCAGUAUGGAAGCUAUGAUCCUUUUAUCAUUGCGCAAAAUGUUAAACAGGUCUAUUAUGCUCCUUA